GUAUAAGCAGGGAUUUGUUGUGUAUAUAAAGUCAGUGGUAAAAGCAGAGCUGUUGCUCUGUUGGGACAGAAUGGGCCAAGCUGCUAACCUGCCUUGUAGGAGAGGAGAGACUUAUGUUACAGAGCUGUAUGAGUGGUUCAGGAAGUUUAUUCAUGAAUGUCCCAGUGGGCUGAUCACUCUUCAUGAGUUCCAAAGGCAUUUCUGUGAUGGAACAGUGGGCAGAGAGUCGGCUGAGUAUGCAGAACAGAUAUUCCGCACACUGGACAGUAAUGGGGACGGGCUGGUUGAUUUCAGGGAGUAUGUCAUGGCCAUCAGUAUGCUUAUUGAAGGUUCAGCUGUGGAGAAACUGCGGUGGUCAUUCAAGCUUUUUGACAAAGACAGAGAUGGAGCCAUUACCAAGGAGGAAAUGCUGGACAUCAUGCAGGCUGUUUAUAAGAUGAGUGUGGCUGCAGCUUUGACCAAACCCAACCCACUCACUGCUGAAGAAUGUACCAACAGGAUAUUUGUGAGAUUAGAUAAAGACAAUAACGCCAUCAUCAGUCUGGAGGAGUUCAUAGAAGGAGCUCUGGAUGAUGACUGGAUCAGAGAGAUGCUGGAAUGUGACCCCAACACUGUGAAGGUGGAGAGGCCCGUGAGGAGGGACAACACUCUGGGGACCCAUGGUUGACAUGUAGUCCACCAUUUUAUUCAUCGAGAGCAGAGAUUUAAAAACCAGCUGAUGUUCUCUCUGACAUUUUUCCAGGAAUAGUUUUAGAAACACAGCUGCACAUGCAGUCAUUUAGAUGUCAACUAAGGUUGCAACUACGUUGAAAGCAUUAAUUCCCAGAGGUUGUUUGUAUGUCUACAACAUAGUUCAGUAAAAUAAAAAUUAAUUUUGAAGCUAGAUUUUGGUGGUGACUA